AUGAGCCUCUGGAACUUUGCCGAUGCCAUCAAUGCCUACGACGGAAUCUCAAGGAGUGACACCAUCAGUGUUCCGGUGGAUCCUGACACGGACGGAGUCCUGUUUGACGGGAGCGGCUACAUCGCACUAGAAAAAGAAGCCUUCAAUGCCCGCUUUACCUCCAUGAACAUUGCCUUCAAGACUCACGCUGCCAACGGCCUGCUGUUCUUUAUUGGUGACCAGGGCAAAUAUUUCACCGUUGAGCUGAAGGGCGGCCGCUUGCAGUUUGACUAUGACCUGGGGACUGGUCCCCUGACUCUCAUCACAGACCUCCAGUACAACAACGGGGAGCAGACUAUGGUCCAGGCUACCCUGCGGGGGAAUGCGGGAAGCCUGCGAGUAACACCAUCGAGCAACGUUGUGGAAGCAAAAUCGGGAGAAUCUCCAGGAGAUGGAUCAGAACUGGCUGCUGGAGAAUACUUCUACGUGGGUGGCUUGGCGGCAAUCCCCGACGAUCUCUUCCCGUCAGUGACCCGUGACGGUUUCCGCGGCUGCCUGACGGAGUUGUCCUUCGGAGGCCAGCAGAUCAACCCUUUGAAGAACAAAAUGAGCUUUGGUAUCUACCCCAACUGUGGUACACAGAGAGUCGGCCUGGUAUCGUUCAACGGUCCCUUUGGCGGUUACGUGUCGCGGACGCCGAUAGAUAUCAAAGGCGACAUCAGCAUUAUCUUCAGGUUCCGCACCUUGGAGCCCGACGGAGUAAUGGUUUACGCGUCCAAUGCUGACAAGACUCAGUUUGUGGCAGCCAUGAUCGUCUCAGGCGCGGUGUGCAUUGUCGCUGACGGUAAACACGAUAGCAUUGAGGUUGUCUCCAACCAGAAUUCUUACAACGACGGGGAUUGGCACACAGUCAUCAUCACUAAGAACAACAGGAAACUAACAGUCGUGGUGGACGACUCCGACUCCAACUUUGCCCGUUUCCAGAAGAGUGCGUUGAGAACAGACGGCUAUUUCUUGGUUGGCGGCUUCCCUCAACCUCGCUUCGUCGAAGCUGCCAUCUUGCCCACGACGGACAACUUCAUCGGCUGCUUAUCAGAUCUGACUGUCGGUUUUGAGACUGUGAACUUCAACGAUCAAAUCCUCUCGGACAACAACGCCAAUGUAAACGUCUGCCCCAUCAGCUUAGACCAUCCCACAAUUCCCUCCUCCUACACCAUGGGGCCACACCCUGGUCCCGUUGCCCCCACCAUCGCGCCUGUGCCUGCCAAGACCAUGCCAGGACCAGUCGAGGGCGCCUGCAAGCUUCCCAGGGUGGCCAGCGCCGGCGAGCAACUGCCGGAAGAUGAGGGAGCCGAUCAGUAUGGCAUUACCAGCUACAGCCGCAAAGAAUAUCCUGUCCUGGAUGAUUCCUUCAAACGAAACAUGGUCAUGCGAGUGGAGCUGAAGACAUUGGCCCGCAACGGUCUGAUCAUGUUCACGUCCGACACCCGAAACAUCGACUUCACUGCAGUGUACCUGCGGGAUGGCAAAGUGGUCUUCGGUUGGGACUAUGGGAGUAUACCCUUGCUGAUUGAGUCACCGGAGAGCGUCAACGACGGAAACUGGCACACGGUGAGAUUUGCUUGA